CACACAGAUAGCGCGCAACGCAUUCACACAGACGGCUCGACACCCUCUAUCUCUCGCCGUCAUGGCCUACGCUUCGUAUGGAUCCACCAGCAACGACUCUCGGGGCCUCCUCGGCCUUCAGCGCACUUUGGCUGAGGCGUCGAACCCGCGCAGGCCUGUAAUUGGCUCCUGGAUGCAGCUUCCAGGCGCCUCCCUGGCGCGGAUGAUUGCCCAAAUGGGCUACAACUUCAUCGUCGUAGACUGCGAGCACGGGAAUAUUGCGGACAGUGAGAUGCAUGCCGUAGUGGGUGCAAUUGCAGCGCAGGGCGUUUCUCCGGUCGUCCGUAUACCUUCAGCCGUCGACUGGCUCGUGAAGCGCGCUCUGGACACGGGAGCGCAUGCCAUCCUCUGCCCCAUGAUGUCCACCCCCGAGGAGGCGCGCAAACUCGUUCAGUACGCCAAGUUCCCCGUGCCAAAGGACCGCCGUACCCCAGGAACCAUCUCCGGGAUACGCGGGGCUGGCUCCUCAUUCGCCCCCGCCGUAUUCCAUCAAGGGAUGGGGGAAUACAUCGCGACAGCGAACCGAAACACAGUGAUCGCCGUGCAGAUAGAGUCCGUCGAGGGGCUGGAGAAUUGCGAGGAGAUUGCGAAGGUGGACGGGAUUGACAUGUUGUUUGUUGGCCCGAACGACCUCUGCUCUUCGAUGGGUUACCCCGCGCUCGAGCACGCAAACAUUCCGGAGGUACAGCACGCGAUCAAGCGCAUCUUAGCCGCCGCGAAGGCUGCUGGCAAGUAUGCCGGAAUGUUUUGUGUGAAUGCAGAACAGGCGCGGGCACGAUAUGAACAGGGUUUCGACUUCGUGAACAUCGGUGCCGAUAUUGUGGCCAUUGGGAUGUGGAACGCGCUGGAGUUGGCCAAGAUCAAGGAUUUACGGCCAUGAAGCGCUACCGCAUUUAAUGGCUUCGCCGCAAGGGGUCUCACAGGUAGAGGCAACGCAUAUUGUUGGGCUUAGAAGAAGUCAGCUUGAGCUUCAGCGGCGUGAAUCAGUCAUGAAUAAAGCCAACGUCCGAGUCGAUCGGGAAUUGUCGUCACGCAAAAUCGGCAGUUGCCG